AUUUAUUCGGGGCCGGGCACACAGGCAGCGAGGACCCGCGCCGGUAUCAGCAUGCCGGAGCACUGCUUGCUGGCCGCCCUCUGCGGCGCGCUGCUCUGCGCCUCCGGCCUCCUGGCCGCCUCGGGUGACUUCUGUGACUCCAGCAUUUGCCUGAAUGGUGGCACCUGCUUGUUGGACCAGGAAAGUGUCUCUUACUGCCUCUGCCCUGAGGGCUUCACAGGCCUCCUUUGCAAUGAGACAGAGAAAGGUCCCUGUUCGCCCAAUCCCUGCUACCACAAUGCUGGGUGUCAGGUCAUGGACAGCUCCCACCGAGGGGAUGUGUUCACCUCAUACACCUGUGACUGCCCUCCGGGCUACGUGGGCAUCCACUGCGAGUCAAAGUGCAUGACGGGCCUGGGCAUGGAGGGGGGCGCCAUUGCUGACUCACAGAUCUCUGCGUCGUCCCUGUACUUGGGUUUCCUGGGCUUGCAGCGCUGGGCUCCGGAGCUGGCCCGGCUUCACCGCUCAGGCAUCGUCAACGCCUGGACGGCCAGCAACUACGACAGGAAGCCCUGGAUCCAGGUGAACCUCCUUCGGAAGAUGCGGGUGACCGGUGUGGUGACACAGGGCGCCAGCCGAGCAGGCAGUGCAGAGUAUGUGAGGACCUUCAAAGUGGCCUACAGCCCGGAUGGACGCAAGUUCCACUUCAUCCAGGAUGAAGAGGGCUCUGGGGACAAGGUGUUCGAGGGUAACGUCAACAACAGGGGCCUGAAGCUCAACCUGUUCAGCACCCCGCUGGAGAUACAGUAUGUGAGGCUGUACCCCAUGAUCUGCUACAGGGCCUGCACCCUACGCUUUGAGCUCCUGGGCUGUGAACUGAAUGGGUGCUCUGAACCCCUGGGCCUGAAGGACCACACCAUCCCCGACAGGCAGAUUACAGCCUCCAGCAGCUACAAGAUGUGGGGGCUGCGAGCCUUGAGCUGGUUUCCCUUCUUUGCCCGGCUGGACAAUCAGGGCAAGAUCAAUGCCUGGACCGCACAGGGCAACUCGCCCAAUGGCACCGAGUGGCUGCAGGUUGACCUGGGCUCUGAGAAGCAGGUGACGGGGAUCAUUACUCAGGGCGCCCGUGACAUGGGCCACAUCCAGUAUGUAGCUUCCUACAAAGUGGCCUACAGCAACAAUGGCAUCAACUGGACUGAAUACAAGGAGCCAGGGGCCACGGACAGCAAGAUCUUCCUCGGCAACUUGGACAACAACUCCCAUAAGAAGAACGUGUUUGAGACGCCCUUGUUCGCGCGCUACGUGCGCGUGCUGCCCGUGUCCUGGCACAACCGCAUCACCCUGCGCCUGGAGCUGCUGGGCUGUUAGCACUUGCCCAUAGGUCAAGUCUGAGGGACACCCUGCUCCUGCCUGCUGUGGCCUGCUGCCUUAUCAUCCCCCUCCAGUGGCAGUGGGAGCUGGGGAUGGAGAGGGAUGGGCCUUAGGGGAGGCCCCUGCGCUGUCGCCCUCCCUCCCCUUUCCUUCCAGCUCCAAGGCCUCCCAUCCCACCUUGUUUCUCAGGCUGUCUGAGGGUAUCAGUUGGGAUUCAUUGGGCUACAUACCGAGUCAGGCGGGUGGCUUUUUGGCACCUCUCAGAUCCAGGGACCCCGAUGCUGGAUUGACUCCAGAUGGAGUCCCCCAACCCAGACAGUGGGCCAGGAUUACAGCCCAGGAUGCACGCUGCCACCCCACUCUGCACCGCCCUGACCCCUCAUCUACCGGAGACCCCUCUUGACCCUGUCCCUGGGAGGAGGACAAAAGGGGCACCAGGGCUGCGGAGAGACAGGAGACUGAAGCCAGCCUGGUGCCCAGCAGGUGGGCAGGAUGGGCAGGGUGGCUCCUUGCCCAGGCCGCAGGCAGCUUCUGAAAUAUAUCUGUACUCGCCACUGGAA